UCCGUUGGCCAACACUGCCGCAUUUGAAAAUACUGCGAAUCGCAGCAGGCGCUUUUGCCGCAUUUAAUUUAGGUUGAAAUUGGGCGAGUUUGUGACUGGAUUAAGAUGUACAACGAUGAGGUGCGAACGCCGCAGGCCCUCAAGAACCGAUAUUUCACCAAUCUCAGCGGCCUGAAGUGCCGGGCGCGCCGGAACAGCCACACAAGCAGCAGCACUUUGACGGCGUCGUCGGCAACGCCAACGAAUGGCGGCAAGGAAAAUGGAAAAUGCAGCCCCCAGAUGUCGGGAAAUGUGUGCACCCCGCCCCCGAAGCGGCUGCACAAGGUGCGCAAUCCCUUCGAGGGAGCCAUGGCCGAUCGUCUGCACCUGCCGCUGAUUGCCAGUCCCUCGCUUUUCCGCUCGAGGACACCACAACUUUCGUCCACCCAGUUCGAGUGGAACAUUGACGAGGUCUCCCAGCUGAAACCGGCCGAUGUGGAGCCCCACGAGACGCAGUUCCACGACUCCCCCGAUCCCGAGCAGGAAUCCAAGGCCCAGCUGGCCAUCAGUGCCUUUUUCAAGGAGUCGCACAUUGUGCCCAGUCCGGUGGACUGUCCGCUGCGGAAACAGCGCAUUAUACUCAACCACAGCGAGGAUAACACCCCCAUAUCGAAUAAGUCGCGUAGGAGGCGGGACUGCGAGGUGCAAACAGAACUAAGCCUGCCGCCCAUACUGCCCAAAGCUCUGGAAGAGGCCCUGCGUCCGUACUUCCAGCCCCAUUUGGCAGGCCGUCUGUCCGGCAGGAGCAAAUCGAGCGGUGGCCAUGACAUAUUCAACAGUUCCAUGCGCAGGAAACUCUUUGAUCUGCACAAUGUCAUUGUUUUGGGCGAACAAGAUCCCCCCGAGCAGUCGUCGCCCAUGGUGGGCUCCAGUCCACAGGGCAAACAAACCAUGUUUGCGGGCAGGCUCUCGGAUUCCGCUUCGGGAGAAGGUAGUUUCGGUUGCCUGUCGCCCAUCAGAAAUCUCUGCGGCCUGCCGCCAGGAACCCCAGAUGAUGGCAACUGUUCGGGGAAGAGGAAACUGCUAAUGCACGAGCUGGAGCUGCCAUCGCCCAUAGCUCCUUCCGAGCAUCUCAGCCGGCGAUUGGUGUACUCCAAGGUGGAGGUCAGCACUACGGAGCAGCAAGAAACCUUGUCAGAGCGCACGGCCUUGAAGUUCACGCCCGACAGGAGCUCCUCGCCCAUGGGCGCACUGGAGCACUCGGAUUGCAGCAUCAAUCAGCGGGUCAGUCGGCUGCGGGUGAACAGCACUCGACAGGUGAUAUUGGAGGCAGGGGAUCAGCCGCUGUUCGAGGAGACCGAAGAGGAGGAGGAGGAGGCUGAAUCCGAGGAGGACGAGGAGGAGGCCGAGGCGAUGCAACUGUCCACCCUGAGCUUCAAUUGCAGCUCCUCCAAUUCGGAUACUCCGCGCGGCCAUAAGAGACAUCGUUCGGCACAACGCAAGAAUCUCUCGCAAUCGUUCAGUGCCAAUUUGGAGGAGGAAGAGGAUCAGGCCCAGGACCCUGGUGCUAACCAGCAAGCGGAGCCACCCGUAGUUGUAGCGCCCCAGCAAGGACCCAGAAUUCCGCUCUAUCGCACCGAUAGCGGCUUCAACGAGACCUCCAGCACAUCGACCUUCGCCUGCUCCCAGGAUCUGCCCCUGGAUGUGUCCAUGGCCUGCUGCUCCACACCCUCCACUCGAUCUUGACCCCCUGCCAUCCGCACUUCUGGAUCGUAGACCCUAUAGGCUAUUUAAUGCAAUAACUCCUCUUCCCAGGCUCAAGAGAGGAAGAAUCGUUUUUAACUGCAAUGUAAACCCACCGUUUAUAUAUUUUGUACUCGUAAUUUAUAUGUUCUUAGUGAAAAUAGGCCAAAUAGUUAUGUAAGCUUCGCGUUUCUGUCAUUUAUUAACUUAAUUCAUUGUCAUUGUUGUGUUUAGGGAACUUAAUAAAAAUCUUCCGAUGCCAUAUUUAGUUUAAUAGA